CCAUAAGUCAACCAUCUAGAUGAUCAAGUUCUACUUGGACGACCGAAUGUCCAUUGUCAUGAACGUGUUCGAUCCGUCAAUUUUCUUCAAGACCUUAGCCUUCAAUACGUCAAGAAUCCAAGAUCAGCUGCUUGAGAAUUGCUCGCUUGUCCAUCCUUGCUGCAGGCCUGCAGUGUAUAAAAGCUCCUGCUACCUCCUCGUCGAGAAGCUUAAGCCAGUUCAGGAACUGAUCAGUGGCCAUGGCGGCCACGAGUGCUGCCAAGAGCCUGCUGCUCUGCUUGACAGCAGUCGCCUUUCUUCACCACCUCCAGUUUCAGUUCCCGUCCGCAGCUGCUGCAACAUCGCUCGGCAGAAACGGGAGCAGGGGCGGCGGCCACGGGAGGACCCUCAGCUUCACGCUGUACCAGCAGGAGACCAUCAACAAGACCGCGUACAUCGUCGUCGACGGCGUGGCCGGCGCGGGCGUCAGCGAGACCACCACGCCGUUCGGCACCAUCUACGUCUUCCGCGACGACCUCACGGUGCGCGCCGACAGGGCCUCCCCGGUGGCCGGCGUCGCGGAGGGGAGCUCCAUCACCACCACCCUCGACGGGCUGCAGAGCCUGUCGCUGGCCAAGAUCACCGUCGACCACCGCGGCCACCGGGGCUCCGUGUCGGUCCUCGGGGGCACCUACAACACCAAGCCGUCCGACUACCCCGUGGUGGGCGGCACCGGCGACUUCGCGUACGCGCUGGGCUACGUCCGGUCGUCGCCGGUGGACCUGCGGGGACGAACGGUGACGUACAAGAUGGAGCUUCACUUGUACUGGCCUCCGUACGCCCACUACGCUCCUGUUCCACACAAGCCCGUAUAGGUAUCAGUCUAUAGACUGUACUAGUGUAGUAUACGAGAUACACGCAUCAUCUACGCCGUUCUCAAUAUCAUCAGGUCUUAUUGUAUUUUUCCGAGUAAUUUGAUAGUAGCACCGUACGGUUCUAUUUUUUUGGACCAAAUAAAGGAGCGAUGUGUGCUUCCUUUUU